AGGAAUGGGGACGGGAAAUGGGUUCUGUGAGCUCUCCGGGGGUAUUGUGUCAGGAGAUGCAGGCUGGCUACCAUGUGACGCGGUCCAGAGCUGAAGGGAUUGGCCGAGGCAGUGCAGGCGGUGCAGCUUGCCGGCUUGCUGUUCCUCUGCCUUUCUCUCUCAGCAUCUUCCUAGGAGCUUGUAGGUGAAGCAGCACCAGCAGCAUCCAUGGCCUGUCUUUCGGGUUAACACUUGUCUCCUUUGGCUUGGCAGCAAGCAGAGCAGACCUCAGCAGCGGCAUUGUGAGGACUUAGCUGGGAUCUGGAAGCUUAUCCUCCUGUGUUUUUUCUGACUCCUUGGAAAUUAAGGAAUGCAAUUCUGCCACCAUGAUGGAAGGACUGAAAAAACGCACAAGGAAGGCCUUUGGAAUACGGAAGAAAGAGAAAGACACUGACUCCACAGGCUCUCCAGAUCGAGAUGGGAUGCCCAGCCCACACGAGCCACCCUACCAUAGCAAAGCAGAGUGUGCGCGUGAAGGAGGCAAGAAAGCUUCGAAAAAAAGCAAUGGGGCACCAAAUGGAUUUUAUGCAGAAAUUGAUUGGGAAAGAUAUAACUCACCUGAGUUGGAUGAAGAAGGUUACAGCAUCAGGCCUGAAGAACCAGGCUCUACCAAAGGAAAACACUUUUAUUCUUCGAGUGAGUCUGAGGAGGAAGAAGAGUCCCACAAGAAAUUCAACAUCAAGAUUAAACCACUGCAAUCGAAGGACGUCCUUAAGAAUGCUGCAACUGUAGAUGAGCUGAAGGCUUCAAUAGGCAACAUUGCACUUUCCCCGUCACCUGUGGGUGCAAUUAAAAGGAACUUAUCCAGUGAAGAAGUUGCAAGGCCCAGGCGUUCCACCCCAACUCCAGAACUUACAAGCAAGAAGCCUCCAGAUGAUACGCUGGCCCUUGCUCCUCUCUUUGGUCCACCGUUAGAAUCAGCUUUUGAUGAACAGAAGACAGAAGUUCUUUUAGAUCAGCCUGAGAUAUGGGGUUCGGGCCAACCAAUUAACCCAAGCAUGGAGUCACCGAAGCUAGCAAGACCUUUCCCCACUGGAACACCUCCACCUCCGCCUCCAAAACCUGUACCAGCCACACCACCUCCAACAGGCUCGCCCUUAACAGUUGCAACAGGAAAUGACCAGGCAGCCACAGAGGCCAAAAUUGAGAAACUACCAUCCAUCAGUGACCUGGACAGCAUUUUUGGCCCAGUGUUGUCCCCCAAGUCUGUUGCUGUUAAUACUGAAGAGAAGUGGGUCCAUUUCUCUGAUGCAUCCCCGGAACAUAUUACUCCAGAGUUGACUCCAAGGGAAAAGGUGGUGACCCCACCAGCUGCAUCAGACAUCCCAGCUGACUCCCCAGCUCCAGGCCCAGCUGGCCCCCCAGGCUCUGCAGGUCCCCCAGGGCCUGCUGGUCCUCGCAAUGUACCAUCUCCGCUCAAUUUAGAAGAAGUGCAGAAGAAAGUUGCUGAGCAGACCUUCAUUAAAGAUGAUUACUUAGAAACGCUCUCCUCUCCUAAAGAGUGUGGGUUGGGACAGAGAGCAACUCCACCUCCCCCACCACCACCCACCUACAGGACUGUGGUUUCGUCCCCCGGACCCGGCUCGGGCAGUGGUACGGGGACCACCAGUGGUGCAUCAUCUCCUGCGAGACCAGCGACUCCCUUAAUCCCUUGCUGCAGUACCACUCCACCUCCGCCUCCUCCCCGGCCUCCAUCCCGGCCAAAGCUACCCCCAGGGAAGCCUGGAGUUGGAGAUGUGUCCAGGCCUUUUAGCCCACCCAUACACUCUUCCAGCCCUCCUCCGAUAGCACCCUUAGCACGGGCUGAGAGCACCUCCUCAAUAUCGUCGACUAACUCCUUGAGUGCAGCCACCACUCCCACCGUUGUGUCAGAAGAUGAUGUUUUUUAUGACAAACUGCCCUCGUUUGAAAGGCGCUGUGACAUGCCUGCAGAGAAUGAACAGCCUUCCCUCGUUUGGUUUGACAGAGGAAAGUUUUACUUGACUUUUGAAGGUUCUUCCAGGGGACCCAGCCCUCUAACUAUGGGGGCCCAGGACACCCUCCCAGUUGCAGCAGCAUUCACAGAAACUGUCAACGCCUACUUCAAAGGAGCAGACCCAAGCAAAUGCAUUGUCAAGAUUACAGGAGAAAUGGUACUGUCCUUCCCCGCUGGCAUCACCAGACACUUUGCCAACAACCCAUCCCCAGCUGCUCUGACUUUUCGGGUGAUAAAUUCCAGCAGGUUAGAGCAUGUCCUGCCGAACCCCCAACUUCUCUGCUGUGAUAAUACACAAAAUGAUGCCAAUACCAAGGAAUUCUGGGUAAACAUGCCAAAUUUGAUGACUCACCUAAAGAAAGUCUCUGAACAAAAACCCCAGGCUACAUAUUAUAAUGUGGACAUGCUCAAGUAUCAGGUGUCUGCCCAGGGCAUUCAGUCGACACCUCUGAACUUGGCAGUGAACUGGCGGUGUGAACCUGCGAGCACUGACCUGCGCAUAGAUUAUAAGUACAACACGGAUGCCAUGACCACCGCAGUGGCCCUUAACAAUGUGCAGUUCCUGGUCCCCAUAGAUGGAGGAGUGACCAAGCUCCAGGCCGUGCUUCCUCCAGCAGUCUGGAAUGCUGAACAGCAAAGAAUAUUGUGGAAAAUUCCUGAUAUCUCCCAGAAGUCAGAAAACGGAGGUGUAGGAUCUUUACUGGCAAGAUUUCAGUUAUCUGACGGCCCAAGCAAACCCUCCCCAUUGGUUGUGCAGUUCACAAGUGAAGGAAGCACACUGUCUGGCUGUGACAUUGAGCUUGUUGGAGCAGGGUACCGGUUUUCACUCAUCAAGAAGAGGUUUGCUGCAGGAAAAUACUUGGCAGAUAACUAAUAAAAUCUCAUGCAAGGAUUUGGAA